AUGUCACUCGCUGAAACCGUGAAUUUACUCGACAACACGAGUGUUGUUCUGGAUUUGGAGGAAAGUGCUAUGAAACCAGUCAUUGGUGAUUCAGUGGAUAGUGAUCUUGUUGGACGAAGCCUCGAACAGAACAUCCCGUACUGGGAUGAUGAGCGUGUCUUUCAAAGAGCUGUUCGUUUCUUGCUGCUGUUCUUGAUGAAUGGAUCAGGUAAAACGACACUGUUGAAUGUUUUAACAAAACGCAACUUGAAUGGUUUACACGUUGAUGGUGUUGUGUCGAUAAAUGGACAACAGUUGGAUGCGUCAGAAAUGAGGCGUAUUUGUGCGUAUGUUCAGCAGGAUGAUCUUUUCGUGGGAUCGAUGACAGUGAAAGAGCACCUAACAUUUUACGCGGCACUUCGAAUGGGCAAUCUUCAUUCAUAUGAGGAGAGAAAAAAGCGUGUGGAGGAGACAAUGCGCGAUGUGAGAACUGAUUGA